UUCAGGUGUCGAGGCGGCUGUCAGUGUGCCGCUGUUUCAGAUUCGUUUCAACUCGCGAAAGGGAAAGUUCGAGCAGCGGAUGAAGCUGCCGCCGCCUGCCUGCUCGCUGCUUGCCACUGGCCGCUAGUCAACUGCCACUUGCCACUAGCCACUUACAACCUGCCACAAUUGCGUGCCUCGAAACCAAGUCCAAGUGCGAGUAUUCGCGUACGCAUUCCACGAGUGUGUCGUGUUGUGUUCUGCUGUGUUUUGUGUUCUGUUGUGUGCUGUUCAAAUAUUUGCACAGGCAACACGGAUAAACGUUAACGUUAACGAGCUGACGGUCAAGCUGCUGCACAGUUUUUUCCACAGCACAGUUUACGGCUUGAAUUUUGCGGUUUGUUUUGCAUACUUUUAGGCGCCCAUCAACAAAGGUAUAUUUUACAUACACACAUAUACCAACGCAUGUUUGAAAACUCAUUCGCAGAUAUAAAUGUAAUGCGAGGAGGAAACGUGACUAAAAUUACUUUAAAAAAGAGAAACGCAGAAAAUGAAAUGAUUUAAAAAUGUUGCAAACAGCAAAACGGGGCAACCGGGCAACGUUGCCAGCGGCAGCAACGUUAAUCAGCACUCUUAUUCUCGCUGCAUUAAUAAUUCAAACGCAAGAACAACAUCAACAAGCAACGUCGCCGCCGCCUCAGCCACAACCGAAUGCGGCGAAUAAAACUCAGCCAGUUCACGAACCCAACGCUGAGGCGCAACGCGUUGUGGUGAAUAACGCAUCAGUCGAGACGCGCAGUGUUCCAGCAAAUGAUACAGUGCAACGUUUGCCUCGCAGCGUUUUCCAUGUGCGCUGGAAUCCCAAUGAGAAAUUCAUUGUGGAGAGCCGCGAGAGUCCGGCGAUUAACUCCUCGAAACUGGCGCCCCCUCCGCGUCUAAAGGUGUCGAAGAACACAAAGCUAACGCUUAGUCCAAAGCUGUAUCUAUGCCACGACAAGUAUGCGGAGCAGUGUCACAAUAAAACAGCUGCUUUCAGGCAGCGCAUUGUGCAGGUCUUUGAGCGUUCGAUGAAGGAGAAUCUGAACGAAUCCAAUCAUUACAAUGUGGACUAUAAGCCAGUGUUUGGCGACAGCUUUGAGGAGCAGUAUUAUCCCUCUACGUGUUUAGUUAUGGAGGCGGGAGUUCGUGUGCUGCGACGCAAGGAUGAGCCCUUUAAUAAGCUGCCUUUUGGUCGCCUGUUUCCGCGUCAGAAACUCUUUCGCGAUGCCAAGAACAUCAAGAGCUGUGCAAUUGUGUCAAGUGCUGGCUCACUGUCCGGCUCCAAGCUGGGGCGAUUCAUAGAUACGCACGACAUCGUGAUGAGAUUCAAUCACGCGCCAACCCGAGGACACGAGGUGGAUGUUGGCAGCAAAACCACAAUACGUGUUGUGAAUUCCCAAGUGGUUACCAAGCCCGAGUUUGACUUUGCGCAUGCGCCCAUCUUUCGGAACGUGACCAUCGCCGCCUGGGAUCCUGGUCGUUACAAUGGCACCCUCGAGGAUUGGCUGACGAGUGCCGACUACGAUCUGUUCACCAACUAUGAGAUCUAUCGCCGUCGAUAUCCCAAAUCACGCGCCUUCCUCAUCGAUCCGCACUCGGUGUGGCGUCUCUGGCAGAGUCUGCAAAUGUUUGCCGGCAAUCGCGUCAUUCGUCGUAAUCCGCCCAGUUCCGGGUUCAUAGGCUUGGCGCUGCUGUUGCCUCAUUGCCCCCAGGUGGACUUUGUCGAAUAUGUGCCCUCGACGCGACUCAACGGACGUUGUCACUACUACAGCAAAGAGAUGAACUCCGCCUGCACUUUUGGCUCGUGGCAUCCCUUGGCAGCCGAGAAACUGAUGGCGCUGGACAUGAAUGUGGCCGAUGAUAUGUCCGUCUUCCAGUUUGGCAUAUUACGUAUACGUCGACCGGACAAGCUGCUCUGUGGCUUCAACUUUUUCGGCUACUGAUGGGAUCGCGAACACACAGCCAGCAGCUGUCGUCAGGUUCCAUUGGGGACAAUCAACGUGCAUUUAAUCAAGCGGUUUUCACACAAGCGAACAACUCAUGUUUCAAGUAGCUUAAAGAGUCAUGCUGCAGUUGCUGCAGUAGUAUUUGCAAUUAAUAAACUUGUAUUUGCCUAUACUCCCGUAGGAGUGUGUGCGAUUGUGGGU